AUGCUUGGAGAUCUUCUGCUGCUGAGCUUGAGUUCUCUCGCGCUUUUUUUUCCUUCCGAUCUCAGGGCCCCCAGCGCAGCACAACCGUGGAAAACCAAAAUCAAGACAGAGUAUCAAAAAGAACCCGUACACAAAAAAACGACUCCGAAAACCUCAUCCUGCUCACAAGCAGCGCGGGAUCAAGUAAAGUGGGAGUAUGAGGCUAUCGAGUCGGACUCUGAGGAUGAUGCUGAAGAGCACAAUCCCCCUCCUGAUCGCGAUCUUGAUCCUCCUGUCGAAGAGCACCAGCCCCCUCCCGAUCGCGAUCUUGCUUUUCCUCGUCGCCCGGUGCCCCCUGUCCCUUCUCGUCCCACUCGGCGCAUGAUGUAUGUUUGGGCAUUUGUCGUGGCCUUCUUUGCGGUCUGGUGGAUUCCAGUAGCCAAGCCGCGCGGUGUCGGACUGGUGGUCAAGAACCCAAGCUUGACCAGUCUUGAUUACCCGUGGCUGCCAUCCUGUGAAGCUACCCCGUAUUUGAAGAAGAUGGAGUGGCUCAAGAUCACGCGCCCAACACUGUGCCAACCUCACAUCAUCGAAGUCCAGCAUCCGGACAACGGCGAUCCGUACACAGUCAAGGUUCACGGCGAGGCCAAUGGCGUCACCACUCAAGGCAACUUGCUCCUUGCGAUGCUGAAAGAAAAAGGCGCAGACUCGAUUGUCAUGGUUGAGAAAUGCGGGGGCAAGCGCAACCCAUUUAUCGACGAGCCUCUUUACGAAGACGUGAACCGUUUGCUUCGCGGGCGUGACGCGCACUUCCCAGUCGACGUCUUGCUUCUUGGCUGCACCUGCCCCAGCAUGAUUGCGACGCUCGCAAAGGCGCGUUCACGGCUCUCGUUGCAAGAUUGUGAUCACAACCGCACACAAGUUUUCGAGGAGUAUGCCAAGAAGCUCUUGCAGGAUGGUGGCUUCCCUAUGGCCAGCACAACGGCACAUGACUUGGCUGACGUAGAAAAGGUGGACGUGAACCACCUCGCGGCCGUGGCCACCAAGCAAACAGAGGCUCUGUCAGCGCCACCUGCGCAGGCCCAUCGCUUCAACGGAGAUCCGGAAGUCAUGUCAUACACUAGUUCACGCCCCGUCGACGCCCUCGGCUGCUCAGCUGACACUCCUGAUUGCUUGGCUCGCAAGAACUGGAUCAACGCCGCCUUUCCUACGUACCGAUGGCUUAUUGUUGGCCUUCAUGGUGUGGGCAAGUCGAGCUUGGCCCGCUGGCUGGCCUACUAUGCCGGGGUCAAGCUUGAAAAGGCAAGGGCAUUCAGUGUCAAACAGGGCUCCUCGGGUGGCUCUCAUACGCCUGGUGUAACUGCCAUGUCCAUGGACAACCAUACUCGCUCGCAAGGCUUCGCCCCACGCGUUGAGAUCAUGGACACCAAAGGCGUCAAAGACUUUACUCGAUCUAGCCUUUAUACCCUGAUGGCCAUGUUCCUUGGUGCCAUCCGCCGAAACUGCGGGAUGCAGUUUCCGUCCAAAAUGGAAAUUCCUGGCUUCGACAAGCUGCCGUCGGCGUCCAAAAUCCUGAAGGCCAUUGACGAAAACAGCCCAACGCCCUCGUUGGAGCAGAUCAAAGUCACUGGUUGGGAUCCUAGCUCGCCGCCAAACUCGGACCGCCAGUUGCCCCCAUGCAAUGUCAACAGCAAUACCUAUAACCCUCCUGAACUUUGGCACCGUGAUCGACCGACUGCUAUGAUUUUCUUGAUGGGCUAUCACUCUGGCGCUGUUGGGCCUGAAGAGAAGGCAUACCUGCGCACCAUGAAAGCCAUCUACGAGUCAUUUGGAGGCGUUUUCACCCUGGGCUUGACCUCCUUAUCCGAAUGUCCCUCUUUCGACCCGGAGGAUCCCAGUACAGCCGAGCUUUGUGCCAGUCUCUUUGCCGACGAUUGGGACGUGAGUCGAUCGGACAUUGUUCUGCUGGAUCAAAUGACGCUUACAGAUGAGGAGGUUGAUCGUCUCGAUCCUGAGACGCGCAAGACCUAUGAGGACACGGGUGUCUUUAUCCAGCCCGAUCGAAUUCGCCUCUUUGCCAAGACCAUGCAGAGCAACUCCCAGGUUUUCAUCGAUCAUCAAGUGGACCGUGUUUUUGCUCAUCACGAGGCUGAGGAGCUGUAAAUUGCGUCCUUGCCUGUGAUCUCUUUCGUGUUGUUUCUUCUUGUCCUUUGUCGUCCUCUGUGCCUCUGCGCCUCUUGCGCCGCCGUAUCAUCUCAAUCCAAAAGCCGCAAACG